AGAAAAUGACAUUUAGGUUAUGUCAGAGUCAGUUACUAAUAUUCCCCAAAGAUAGUAGCACAUCUGAGCAGAGCAAGUGGAAUGAAAAUACAACUCCAAGACUGGUUCAAGAAGCAAGAAAGUGAUUAGUCUUCCUCUGGGAACCCAUCUCAAGAGAUAAGCAUGAAUUUGAUGAAGGAAGGUUGGUUUACUGAAUCAAGUGAACUAUGGCCAGGUCUGACAUUAUCAAUGGAAGUAUCAAAAGUCCUUCAUCGAGAAAAAUCAGAUUAUCAAGAUAUUAUUUUUCUGGAAACGAAAGCAUGUGGCAGAGCACUUAUUUUGGAUGGUAUUAUCCAAUGUACAGAAUUGGAUGAAUUUUCAUAUCAAGAAAUGAUUUCAUUUUUACCUCUCUUCAGUCAUCCGAAUCCUAAGAAAGUCUUGAUAGUAGGAGGCGGAGAUGGAGGUGUGGCAAGAGAAGUUUGUAAACACCCGUCUGUAACAGAGGUCUCUCAGGUUGAAAUUGAUCAACGUGUCAUUGACCUGUCUAAACAGUAUCUUCCCAAAAUGGCAGUUGGGCUUUCGCAUCCUAAACUCAAAUUAUAUGUUGAGGACGGAUUUAAAUUUAUGGAAAGACAUCAAGCAGAAUUCGAUGUUAUCAUUACUGACUCAUCGGAUCCAGUUGGACCAGCUAUACCAUUAUUUCAAAAGAACUACUUUGAAUUAAUGAGGAGUGCCUUGAAACCUGGAGGUAUCGUGUGUUCACAAGUUGGAACACCAUGGACAAAUCUUGACAUAGUUUGUAAAACAUACAAAAUUUGUCAAGAAACGUUCCCAGUUGCAUCUUAUGGCUACACCUGCGUGCCAACCUACCCUACAGGGCAAAUCGGCUUCGUAUUAGGAAGUUUAAAUAAGGAUAUCAAUUUUAAGGAGCCACAGUACAAAGAUCUGAGUGGAAUAAAUCUCAAAUAUUACACAACAGAUAUUCACAAAGCUGCUUUUGUAUUACCGAAAUUUGUGGAAGAUGCUCUCUAUGUAUGAUCGAUAUACUUUUUUUUAUUAAUAAAUAAAUUUGCAAUAUUAUUCUAAAUUAUUACUGUUUAUUUAAUUAAAUUUUGUUUCAAGAACAUUAAGAUGAUUUUAAAUAGUUCCAUUAGUGGCUAUCCAAAAAAACUAGAUUCUGUCCUACAUCAUUAUUAGCUAUUCUAUAUUAUUAUUAUAUUUAAUGAACAAAAUAUGAUGUAAUGAAUUUAGUUCCAAAAAAGAUAAAGUAAAAUAGAUUAAGUCAUGUCAGCCUAUUUCACAUUUGUGUAUCAUUUGAAGUAAAGACAAAUCUAUUAAACAUAAGUACAUCAAUGUUUCCUAAUAGAAAUAUAAGCAUUGAAAAUAGUCCAUGAUUGUUUACAUUUUUAUCAACAUCUUUGCAUUUACAUUUAGUGUAGGUCUUAUUAUUAUUAUAUUUUUUGUUAGUUUGUUAUUGUUUACGCUUGCUGUCAGUGCAGUAUUGUUAAUAUUCUUCCAAUCGAAGUCUUACAUUUUUUUCAGAAGUUAGUAAAA